AUGACUAAUGCAAGUGAUGAACUUGUGGUCUUAAAAAGAGACAGGGAAACAAGUCGAAUGUACGAAUUACUUUAUGGUACAGUUUCCACCCCACAAGAAACUCAAAUUUCUAAUCAAAGUGACAUGUCUUCAAAUCCAAAUAGACAUUUAGAUCAAAAUAACGCAUUCGUGGAAUUGCCCAGUAUGGCCAAGGAAUCGGCUUCAGAACUGCGGAAAUUAUUAGAUCAAAUUCAAACGCAUUUAAGGGCAUUAAAGGCAUUAGGAGAAAGUGUAGAGCACUGGGACACGAUUGUAAUAUACUUAAUUACGUUGAAAAUUGAUAGAAUAUCGCAUAAGGAAUGGGAAAAAUCGUUAUUAGGUACAACAAUGCCCAAAAUGGACACAUUUAUGACUUUUUUAGAAAAUCGGUGCCACAUUCUACAAGCAACUAUUUUAAAUACUCAAACAAAUUACAAUUCAAAUCAUUCAAAUAAUUCUAAAAAAUCAAAUGCACACAGCAAACGACAAGCGUUUACUACAACUAACUCAAGUGAUUGCAUUGUAUGUCAGGGCUCCCACAAAAUUUACGCGUGCGAAAAAUUUCGAAAAUUAUCGGUUCCUGAAAGAGUUGAGAUAAUUAAGUCAAAUAUCUCUUGCUUUAAUUGUUUAAAUAAAGGACACAAAAAUGACGAAUGUAAAUGGCAAGGGUGUAAAAAAUGCGGCAUGAAACACAAUACAUUAUUACACUACGAUAAAAAUGAAUCACACUCAAAUCAACGUCAAGAAACUAACAAAACAGAAAACACAAAUAAUGGAGAAAAUUCAAGCUCUGUAAAAGUACAUAACGCGAUUAUUCCAAGUCAAAUUUUACUAUCAACUGCUUUAAUUGAUAUUAAAAAUAAAAGGGGUGAAAAAAGGCAAGCGCGAAUAAUUUUAGAUAACGGAUCUCAAUCUAAUUUUAUGGCAAAGAGAUUCGCGGAUUCGUUGGGGUUACCUUUUAAACAAAUAAAUUUACCUGUUGAGGGACUUAAUCAACUACAAACUCGAAUUAAAGAAUCACUAAACACCACAAUCUUUUCUAAACAAUCAAAUUACAAUGCAGAUUUAGAAUUCUUAAUUAUUCCUCGUAUUUGCGAUUAUUUACCUGAUCAAUUCAUAGAUAAACAAAAUGUGAAUAUCCCGAAUAAUAUAAAACUUGCAGAUCCUGAGUUUAAUAAACCACGGGAAAUUGAUGCUUUACUCGGUGUAGAAAUGUUUUAUGAGUUAUUGAAAAAUCGGUACGUUAAAGACGAAAGAUUUUUAUCUGAAGAAGAAAUGCAGGUAGAAAGCUUUUAUAACGAAACUACACGUAGAGAUUCAAUAACUGGAAAAUUUAUUGUUCGUUUACCAUUUAAUGAAAAAAGGUCCAUGUUAGGUGAUUCUUAUCAAAUAGCAAAACGUCGUUUUGAAACAUUAGAACGUAAACUCGCUCAGAAUCCGGAUAUGAAAAUCGAGUAUGAUAAAUUUAUGCACGAAUAUAUAGAUUUAGGGCAUAUGUCAGAAAUGCCUGAAUCGGCAAAAACAGAGGGUUAUUUUAUGCCAAAUCACCCGAUUCUCAAAGAAUCAAGCGAAACCACAAAAUUAAGGGUUGUUUUUGACGCUUCUGCAAAAACAUCUACGGGAAUAUCGUUAAACAAUUGUUUAAAGGUGGGUCCAACAUUACAACAAGACAUUUUUUCUAUUAUUCUUAGAUUUCGAACACAUCAAUAUGCGUUAACUACAGAUAUAGAAAAAAUGUAUAGACAAAUCUUAGUCGAUGAACACGAUACACCUUACCAACAAUUGUUAUACCGUGAAAAUCAAAACGAAACUAUUAAAAUUUACAGGGCAAAAACCGUAACGUACGGAACAGCAUCCGCUCCAUAUUUAGCAAUCCGCACACUUUUUCAAUUAGCCGAUGAUAUAAAAUCAGAAUUUCCGAAAGUUUCGAAUAUUUUAAAACGCGAUUUUUAUGUUGAUGACGGAAUAACAGGUGCUGAUACAAUAAACGAAGCUUUAAAUUUGCGUGACAAUUUAAUUACUGUUACGCAAAGUGCUGGCUUGAAUUUAAGAAAAUGGGCGUCAAAUGAACCCAAACUGUUAGAAUCUUUACCUGAAGGUACGGUCAGCGUCGAUCUAUUCUCAAAGACGGAAACUCAGGGAACAUUAGGGAUUAAAUGGGCCACAUUACAAGACGUUUUAAAAUAUAAGGUGAUAAAUUAUGACGAAUCAAAGCUUACUAAAAGAAAAAUAUUGUCUAACAUUGCAAAAAUUUAUGAUCCAAUCGGCUUACUAGGUCCUAUUAUAGUAACGACUAAGUUGUUAAUGCAAUGUUUAUGGAAGGCCGAAAUUGGCUGGGACGAGUCUGUUCCUAUUGAUAUUCAUACAAGGUGGCAUAAUAUUAAAUCACAAUUAAAUUUGUUAAACUCAGUCGAAUUUAAUAGAAAAGUUAUUGUUAAAAAUGCCAUUCAAACAGAAAUUCAUGGAUUUUGUGAUGCAUCCGAAAGGGCCUAUGGGGCAUGCAUUUAUAUUCGGUCAAUUAACGAUAAAAAUAAAGUUAUGACUAAUUUAUUAUGCUCUAAAAAUCGCGUUGCGCCUUUAAAAUCAAUUUCGUUACCAAAAUUAGAAUUAUGCGCAGCAUUAUUAUUGUCACGUUUAUUAAAAUGUGUUCGCGUUGCACUGUGUAAAGAAAUUCAAAACGUUUAUUUAUGGUCAGAUUCAACUAUAACGUUACAAUGGAUACAGACUCAACCCUACCUGUUAAAAACAUUCGUUGCGAAUAGAGUAUCAGAAAUCAGGGCUAACACAAUGGAGGCGUCGUGGAGACACGUAUCGUCAAAAGAUAAUCCUGCAGAUUCAUUGUCAAGGGGUCAAUUUCCUCAAGAAUUUUUACUAAAUGAUAUGUGGAAAACUGGUCCCAAAUGGUUAAAGGAGGAAAAGAAUAAUUGGCCUUUAUCACAAUUCGAGAAAGUUCCUUUAACAGAAUUAAAAUCAACGAUCACAUUAAAGGUUACUACAGACAAAGAUUUUUGCACACAAAUUUUAAACAAAUUUUCGACAAUAAAUAAAUUAAAACGCGUAGUCUCUUACUGUUUUCGAUUUGCAAACAAUAGCUCAAAAAGAAAAACAAAACAAAUCGGCCCAUUAAAAAUCGUAGAGUUAAAUCAAGCAUUGAAAGUAAUAAUUAAUUUAACACAAAUACAAAGUUUUUCAGAAGAAAUCAAUUCAUUGUCUAAAUCAGAAUCAAUUUCACAAUCAAGUAAUCUCAAGGCUUUGAAUCCAUUUCUUGAUAAUGAUGGACUAUUAAGAGUAGGGGGUCGAUUAUGUAAUGCAACUAUCUCUUAUGAUGAAAAACAUCCUAUUAUUUUGCCGAAAAACCAUUAUGUGACAGAAUUAAUUAUUGAAAACACACAUAAAGAACAGUUACAUGCAGGUACUCAAGCAACACUACACGCAGUUCGAUCGAAUUUUUGGCCACUAUCAGGUAAAUCUACAACGCGAAAAAUUUUAAAACGUUGUAUCAAAUGUUUUCGAGCAAAGCCUAACGAAUAUCCUUACAUUAUGGAAAAUUUACCACGGGAUCGAGUCAUUCAAGCUCGUCCAUUUCUAAACACUGGUGUUGAUUAUUGUGGACCAUUUUUUAUAAAGGAGAAAAAAUUUAGAAAUCGGGGAAAAGUAAAGGUUUAUGCAGCAAUUUUUGUCUGUUUUGUUACGAAGGCUUGUCACCUUGAAUUAGUUACAGAUUUGACAACAGAUGCGUUUCUUGCGAGUUUACGACGAUUUUUUGCAAGAAGAGGAAAAUGUUUAAAUUUGUAUUCGGAUAAUGCAACUAACUUUGUGGGUGCGAAUCGCGAAUUAAAAUCAUUGCACGAAUUUAUAAAUUCAAAUUCUUUUAAUCAGAAAUUGACAGACUCAUUGUCCAAUCAAGGCAUUCAAUGGCAUUUUUCUCCCCCAAGAUCACCACAUUUUGGUGGUUUGUGGGAAGCAGCUGUUAAGUCAUUUAAAUAUCAUUUUCAUAGAACAGUUGGCAAUACCUUGUUCUCUUAUGAAGAGUUAUACACAUAUGUAACUGAAAUCGAAGCAAUUUUAAACUCAAGACCAAUCACUCCUUUAUCCUCAGAUCCUAAAGAUUUAAAUGCUCUUUCUCCAUCACACUUCCUUAUAGGAGAUUUGCUUACGACCCUUCCAAAUCAAGAUCUGAGCCACAUUCAGCAAAAUCGAUUAUCAUCAUGGCAGCACAUCCAAUUCAUCAAACAACAUCUUUGGAAGAGAUGGUCCAAAGAAUAUCUACACGAAUUAAUUGUACGUUCUAAAUGGCAAUUACAAAAGUCAGAAAAUAUAAAAAUUGGUACAAUGGUCAUUCUCAAGGAGGAUAAUCUCCCUCCACUCUCUUGGACCCUCGGUCGAAUUACAAAGGUGCAUCCAGGUAGCGAUGGUAUAGUUCGUGUCGUUACCGUGAAAACAAAGACAGGAGUGUAUGAUCGAAGUGUAAAGUUAGUGGCACCAUUACCAAUUGAAUAA